GAGGUCGGAGGGUGAGACUGGGACUAUAAACCGGCUUCAGAGGUCUGGACCUCCACAAUAUAGCAGCAGAGGUUCCAAGUCUACUGCAGAGGGUGUUGAGCUGAAAUGGCUUUCUAAUCACAGCAAGUUCCAGUGGAAAGUCACAGACAACCUUGGGCUGGUGCCAAAAUAUCUGACAGGAAAUAACUGCCAACCAUGGCACCUUACAUCUGGCAGGUGUGCCUUUGGAAGGUUGUAAUUACCUUCACUCUCACUGAAGCUGUAUCCCUCCUGCUAGACCAACCAAAGGUGCUGCUGGUAUCUUUUGAUGGAUUUCGUUGGGAUUACAUCCAUAGAAUUCCUACACCACACUUCAAAUAUGUCAUGGAAAAUGGUAUUCAUGUAAAUAAGGUUACAAAUAUUUUCAUCACAAAAACCUAUCCAAACCACUAUACCCUUGUUACUGGGUUAUAUGCAGAGAACCAUGGGAUUGUAGCCAAUAAAAUGUAUGAUCAGGGCUUAAAUAAAACCUUCUCUCUGGAUGGAAUGGAUAUAUUUGAUCCAGUCUGGUGGGAUGAGGCCUACCCACUUUGGGUUACAAACCAGAUUCAAGGCCAUAGGACUGGAGCUGUAAUGUGGCCUGGUACUGAUGUUCAAAUACAUGGUAUGUACCCAACUCACUACGUGAUCUAUAAUAUCUCUGUUCCUUUUGAGGAUCGAGUGGCUCAAUUGAUGGAGUGGUUCAGAGGGAAAGAACCUGUUAAUUUUGGCCUGUUGUACUGGGAAGAACCUGAUCGUUCAGGCCAUGAGUUAGGGCCUGAAAACCUGCUCAUGGAAAAAGUAAUUGCUGAUAUUGAUCUAAAGCUUGGUUACCUUGUUGAACAACUUCAGAAAGCAGGACUGUGGGACACAAUAAACUUAAUAGUCACAAGUGACCAUGGAAUGGCUCAGUGUUCUAUGGACAGGAUCAUUGAAUUGGAUCUAUACGUUAAUCGUGAGCUGUACACAUGGAUUGACUUCACGCCAGUCUCUGCUAUUUUACCAAAGAAAGGCAAAUACGAUGAAGUAUAUAAUGCUUUGGUGAAUGCUCAUCCCAAUAUGACAGUAUACAAGAAGGAGGAUAUUCCAGAUCGUUUUCACUACAAACACAAUGAGCGAGUUCAACCAAUAAUAGCCGUGGCAGAUGAAGGCUGGACAAUCAAUCAAAAUAAAACAACUGGAAAAUUUACUUUGGGUAAUCAUGGAUAUGAUAACGCUAUAAAAACCAUGCAACCAAUAUUCAUCGCCCAUGGUCCUGCUUUCAAGAAGAAUUUCACCGAAGAAAACAUAGCCAUUGUUGACCUCUAUCCACUACUUUGCCACCUUUUGGGAAUUGACCCAAUGCCUAAUAAUGGUACCUUAAAAAACGUACAGGAAUUAUUAGUUGCUGCUAAAGUGAUCACAACUGAAAGCUCACCUGCGGAGAUUGUGUCCCAGGAUGAAAUAAACACCCAGAGUUCAUAUGCAUGGCUAGGUAUUCUCCUUGGAAGUGUACUGGUUGUUGGAUUUCUUCUAGCAUUUGUACAGAGGGUGACAAAAAGCCAGAUGUCUGGAUUGAAUUUUCACCGUGGAGAGAUGGCUCAACCCCUGCUGUCAAGUUAAAUUUGUAUUUAUUGAACUGUUCUCUGAUGUGGAACUUUAUGCUUCAAUAUGUCAUCUGUUAGUUGUCCUUUAUCAUCUCAAAAUGGUAAUAACUAGCUGAGGGACUGCAGUUAUACUAAAUGUGAAUUCAGGGUUGUUGUUUUGCAGAUCUUUGAAAAUUUGUUGUCUGUCAGUUUGUCCAGUAGCUGCAGUAGAUCAAGUCUACUAACAGAUAAAAUAAGUAUUGCCGGUGGAGGGAUUCCAUUUAGUGAUAACUACAGUAUUAGUGUCAGAAGACUUUGAUCAGGAAUAUUUCGAGAAAUAUUUAUUCAAAUGAUUUUACAUGAUGCUAUUACAAUUAUAAACACCACAUAAAACUCAUCCUAGCAACUGGUAGGACUCACAAGCUAAAACAUCAUGGGCAGAAUUUUGCAGUCUCCCGCCAACGGUCUUGCAGGCCAGGGUGGGUGGCAUAAAAUUUCCCAGCUGGCUUUCCCACCCACCCAGACCUGUCUGCAAUUUUAUGGGGUGGGGGUGGCGGGCAGACAGGCCUAUGUUAGCUGGAGUGGGGGCAUUGGUCAGCAGGCGAUCCUGCUCGGGCGUGAAGGGGGGCACCAUACAUCAAGAGUCCCCCUUCCAGAUUGAGCACAUACCACCCCACUCCCCACCCCCUCACAC